UUUCAACAAAUUUUCUCUUCUCACACCAAACAACUGUUCACAAAGUUUUCAGUUAAAUCUCGCAGCGAUGAAUCUGUCACCAGAAGAAACAGCUGCUUUCAAGCAAUUUUUGCAUCAAUUGGUGUCCUCCAUGCCCGACACCGAACCUGAAGCGUUAACCGACUACGUUUUGACUUUGCUGGAUAAUCCGAUGCCUCGCGAUGAACUCAUCAAUCUAUUCAAUGAAGAAUUAAGCAUUUUUUUGGAUAAUCAAACGGAAACCACGGUUCAGAAAAUAUUCGAGGCAUUGGACAGUAAAUCCUAUCUGCAGAGUAACGAACCUCAACCAACACCGACCUCAUCGGAACAAAAACUAACAUUGUCGCAACCACGACCGGAACCCACGGUCAUUGCACCCAAAGACUCCACCGUCCCUGACCCUAAACCUACCUCGUCGGAAACGCGGUCCACGACCACACCUGCACCCACCGAGGAUCGCUUCAAAGUUGAAAGUGAUGACGAAGAAGAUGACGACACGAAUUUCAAACGCCGAAAAGGAUCAUUAUCGGCCACCGACAGUCCCUCGAGCGUCCCAGCGGCAUCCACCCAACCCGUGCCCUCCACCAAACGAAAAUACACCAACGAAGAGUACGAUGUGACCUCGAAUGGGGAAAAUGCGCGUUAUACCAAACAUAUCCGAUACGAAAACGGCAGCUCUACUAGCCCAUCCAAUCAGUCGCUCCCGCCUUUGCCUGGCCAUUUGCGUCAAAGGCUCGGUAACCGGGUCGAAUCAAACGCGUCUGUACCAAAGCAACGUUGUCCCGAUUAUGAUCAGAAAGGAUACUGCCUGCGUGGUGAUUUUUGUCCUUUUGAUCAUGGCGAGGAUCAUAUUGUGCAAUACGUGGAGGAAUUUCCUGGGGCGGUGGGAAUCCCAGGCAGUCCAGGUGCCGCACCACCUAAUUUCUUGCCAGGACAAGGAAACCAAGGAUACGGUCAGGAAAUGUAUGCGGGACAAAACAAUGGGGUACCGAACCCUCAGUGGCAGGGAAUGUCUGCACGGGGAGGUGGAGGUCCGAUGCGAUCGAUGCGUGGUGGCAGAGGCCGAGGUGGUCGACUAGGUGGCUCAGCUCCCUAUACAACACGAUAUACCCGAUCAAGCACCCGAAUCGCCGUGGAGAACAUUCCUUCCGACAAGUGCACCAUUGAUGCCGUCACCGAAUACUUUCAGAAAUUUGGCAAUAUUGUCGAUAUCUCUGUGCAACCGGAAUUUUCACGGGCCCUUCUGCAAUUUGAGAGACAUUCCGAAGCAUUAGCCGCCUACCAAUCGCCCGAAGUCAUUUUUAAUAAUCGUUUUGUAAAAGUAUAUUGGCAAAAGGUUGAUAAUGAAAAGGAGGAACCGAGAAAACGCGAUACCAGCCCCGAUCCCGAAGCGAUUAAAGCCAAAGCAGAAGAAUUAGCGAGACUACGUGAAGAACGUCGUCAAAAGCAGAACGAACAACUUCAAAAGGUGCUUGAACUGCAAAAGCAAAAGGAACAACUGCUACAACGACAAAUUAAAGAACAUAAAACGCUUUUGGAAAAAUUGGAAAAUUCAAAAAACAUGAAUCCCAAAGAACGUGAAGCCAUUCUAGCCUCGCUGGCCAAGAUUUCGGAUUCAAUUCAACAUUCAAAGAACGCAUCCGCCCAACCUGCUCCUGUCACCAAGGAUGGAUCGGAUCAGAACGCUUCUUCAACCCCUACCACUGAGCCAUCACAAACUACCACAACCGUGCCAGCAUCAACAGCUGCUGCUGAAACAUCAUCGCAACCGUUAUCGGCCGCCGAUAAAAAAGCCGAGUUGGAAAAAAUGAAAGCCAAAUUAGCGACCCUCGAAGCGGCGAAAAAAGCGGCGGAAUCAGGCAACUUCCGCGGAAGCUAUCAUGGACGGGGUCGCGGGGCCAGUUGGAUGCGAGGUCGAUCGUUCAAUUUGGAUAAUCGAACCAAACCGACGGAUGAGAAUGCACCCAAUGAAGAAACGAAACCAACCAUCGAUGAACCUCAUGUAGAUGCAUUCCAAACCACAGAACAAGUAGGCAAGAACGAGGAGACUGUAACCGAAACUGUAGAAGAAACAUCGUAAAAAAAAUAAGGGGGGUUAGGAAAAGCUCAUACAGGCUAUGACUGAGAGAAAUAAGAAAGCCUUAUUCCACGCUUAUCUAAAAUUGUACAUGUCAUCACCACAUUCUAAAUAUAUUUGAUCUUUUACAGACGUG